AUGGAGUGGUACAUGUCUGGCAUGGCAUGGCGGGUGUCAUGUGGGUGUCCUAUCAUCGAAGGGCAGAGGUUGGAACCAGCACUUACCCGAAUCAAAGAAGAUCGAAAGCGUAUCAUCCUACCAGCUAUUGACAACAUCAAGUACAACACUUUCGAAGUGCAGCAAUAUGCCAAUGCAGCCCAUGGCUACAACUGGGGACUCUGGUGCAUGUACAUAAUUCCACCCCAGGACUGGAUUGAUAAAGGGGAUGAGUCUGCUCCCAUCAGGACUCCAGCAAUGAUUGGAUGUUCUUUUGUGGUGGACCGAGAGUAUUUCGGGGAGAUUGGCCUGCUUGACCCUGGCAUGGAGGUCUAUGGGGGAGAAAAUAUUGAACUGGGCAUGAGGCUGCAGCUGCUCCGGUCUGGCUACCACACACCACCGUACUCAGGAGUGUCAGAAGGCUGGAGAUCAGUUCGGACUGGUGGGACUGGCUGAUCAUGGAGCAGUGGGAUGACCAGCAGUGACUGCACAACUUUUGCAUGCAUGAGGCCACCUUCCUCAAGCUCUAUGCCUGGCUCACACCAGCCCUCCGGCCCACUAUCCCUGCGACACCCACCUGCAGCCCACUAUCCCUGUCCAGAAGUACGUCACUAUUGCCCUCUGGAAGCUGCCCCCCCCAGACAGCUACCAGUCAGUGACCAGCCAGUUUGGGGUUUGGAAUUCCACCACGGGGGCCAUCCUGAUGCAGGUCAGCUGGGCCAUCAGCUCCCUGCUGCUGUGCAGAGUCCUCUGGCUUCAAGACCUGGAUGCAACGAAGUUUGGG